AUGCGCGAGGUGGAAGCACGACCAUUCAAUGACCAAAAAGUGCACCUCAACAAGAGCGGUAUCCACCAGAGGUCGCAUAAAGUGACGAAGGACGCAAAGUUUGUCGAGGCGGAAAUUGCACUUCUCAAAUGUAUUCACCCAAUUUCGUGCGACAAAGAAGGAGUGGACGCGCCUUUUUCUGUAUCAAACUCAACUCGCAGCGAGCAGAUUGAGGCAGCCAAAGUAAUCUUUGAUCUUGCCAGCCAGGCUCAGAAACGCACCUUGUCACGUCUGCAAGCGCCUAGUUGCGUUGGUCUGCGCGACAACGUAGACGAUCUCAUCGCCUACCACACCGCCUCAAAGUCUGUCUGCGAGGCACCCUGGCCUGGUCUGAGAGCCAAUCAGAUGGCCGCGAUUCUGACCAAUCCGAGCUGGGCCUGCCGUGCCCUGCCAGUGGAGGGAGCGACACCGCGGCGUCUGGUGUCCAGGCGACGAGGGCAGCAGCGCCACGACAGUCUGACUUUUGUCAAGACAGCCUCGCUCACUCGACCAGAGGCAACAACAUGUCGUGUCCUUGUGUCUGUCUGUGUGUGUGUGUGCUGGAGGCAUGUGCAGGCCGGCAUAGCUUCACACUGGCACCGAACCGUCGGGAUUAGGUUGUCUGGUGCUGCAGCGAUCAAGUGGCCAACUUCACUCGUCGCCGGCUCGUGGGAGGAUUGUUCAUGUUGUCGGGUUGUUGAUGGUGUUGGUGGUGUCGACGCUGUUGACGCUGUUGGCGGUGUUGACGCUGAAGAGGUCGACGGCGUGAUCGUGUCGGUGCCCGUUUGUGCCGCGUGGCGUCGUCGUGUAGCGUCGGCUCAUCUCGUCGUCUCGUCGUCAGCGGUCUCGUCUGCGUGCCGGCCAGCAACAAGAGUCGAACCCGGUCGAAAGCAGGCCAGGCCGCAUGAGUCGGCCGGGAGGAGGCGAGGCGACCGGAUCGGUGCACCCACCUCCCUGCUAGCACAGGCGGGACUGGCUGUCGAGGAUGGGACAGAAAUUGUCCUGCCUGGCACCGAACCGCGCGGUGAGUAG